UCAGAGCGCGCCGCCAUUUUGUCGGGGUAUAAGAAAACUCCGCCAAGCCACAAAGUUCCUGGUUAGACCUCAAGUUCCUCUUUGUGCAAUGGACGGCCGCCUAGAGACUGACUUGUAUCCUAUGGGAUCGACUUACCCAGAAUUAGACGUUGUCCAUGAUAUUGCAGUUGGAACGAAGAGAGGAUCUGACGAGCUUUUCUCCUGUGUUUCCAACGGGCCAUAUAUCAUGAGUUCAGCAGCUAAUGGCAACGACAGCAAGAAGUUCAAAGGUGACAUCAGAAGUCCUGGUAUUCCAUCCCGUGUCAUACAUGUACGCAAGCUGCCCAGUGACAUCAACGAAGCUGAGGUCAUUUCUCUAGGCCUUCCAUUUGGUAAAGUCACCAACCUGCUCAUGCUGAAAGGAAAGAACCAGGCUUUCCUCGAGAUGAAUACAGAGGAGGCAGCCCAGACUAUGGUCAGCUAUUACUCCUCAGUCACACCAGUGAUCAGGAAUCAUCCCAUCUUUAUGCAGUACUCCAACCACAAGGAGCUGAAAACGGACAACUCCCCAAACCAAGUGAGGGCACAGGCAGCGCUGCAGGCCGUAAACGCAGUCCAGACGGGCGGCAUGUCAUUAGCUGGUGUAGAAGCAGGUGGCGUGAGCGGCCCUAGCCCUGUCCUCCGAGUGGUGGUGGAAAACCUCUUCUACCCGGUCACCCUGGAUGUUCUGCACCAGAUCUUUUCCAAGUUUGGCACGGUUUUGAAAGUGAUCACUUUUACCAAGAACAACCAGUUCCAAGCGCUCUUGCAAUUUGCGGAUGGUCUUACUGCUCAACAUGCAAAGCUGGCCCUGGAUGGACAGAACAUCUACAACGCGUGCUGCACUCUGCGCAUCAGUUUUUCCAAACUCACCAGCUUGAACGUGAAGUACAACAACGACAAGAGUCGGGACUACACGCGGCCUGACCUGCCUUCGGGAGACGGCCAGCCUGCUAUUGAACACCACACGAUGGCUGCGUUCGCUACUCCUGGGAUCAUUUCUGCUUCACCGUAUGCCAGUGCCCAUGCCUUCCCCCCAGCUUUUGCGAUUCAGCAGGCUGCAGGCUUGACCAUGCCGGGUGUUCCUGGAGCCCUGGCCUCUUUGGCGUUUCCCAGUGCAGCGGCUGCUGCAGCGGCAGGCCGACUGGGUUUCCCUACACUUCCUUCCGGUCACUGUGUCAUGCUGGUCAGCAACCUGAAUUCUGAGAGAGUUACGCCCCAAUGCCUCUUUAUUCUUUUCGGUGUAUAUGGUGAUGUUAUAAGAGUAAAAAUUAUGUUCAACAAAAAGGAGAAUGCCCUUAUCCAAAUGUCUGAUGGCACUCAGGCUCAGCUAGCUAUGAGCCAUUUGAACGGACAGAAGUUGUAUGGACGGGCGCUGCGCAUCACUUUAUCCAAACACACGACCGUUCAGCUGCCACGCGAGGGACAUGAGGACCAGGGCCUCACUAAGGAUUACAGUAACUCUCCUCUUCAUCGCUUUAAGAAGCCUGGCUCCAAGAACUACUCCAACAUCUUCCCGCCAUCCUCCACACUGCACCUUUCCAACAUCCCCCCUUCAGUCGUCGAAGACGAUCUCAAGAUGCUUUUUGCCUCUUCUGCUGGUGUGGUCAAGAACUUCAAGUUUUUCCAGAAAGACCGCAAGAUGGCUCUGAUUCAGAUGGGUUCAGUGGAGGAAGCAAUCGAGUCCCUUAUUGAGUUCCACAACCAUGAUCUUGGGGAGAACCACCAUCUUAGAGUGUCCUUCUCCAAGUCCACUAUUUGAACAGGAUAAAAGUGACUGCAGCUGGUAUGAGUCAUUUAAAGACGUACAAUAAAGUUGAGAUGACUUCUCCAAGGCCUCAACCACAAAACUUUCGUCAUUCCACUAUUGUAUUAAGUAAUAUAUCUAGUGGUUCAUAUGUAACAUUUUAAGUUUAUUUUUUAUGCCUGUAAGGUUGAUUUGUCUAUCUAUAAUCACACCUUUUGAGCCUUUAAUUUUCAGCUGAUUUCAUUUCGCAUUGGUGGACCCUUGCCUUGAAAGUGCUGCUGAAUACCCCCCCCCCUCUCAGAAGUACUUCUUGUGCCUUACGUUAUCUUGCAGUUAAGCGCUGUAUGAUAUCAUACCAUUUAGUAUAAACAAUAUUUUGAUAUGACUCACCAAUGUUUCUAAAGACUUUCCGAUCCAUUUUGUAUGCUUGUGUAGCUGAAUGAGAUUCCAUUUUGUUUCCUACAGCUGCAGGACUUUUUGAUCAAUCACAGCCUUGAGGCCAGUUCCUUUUGCUUUCUACAUUCCCAGUAGCUUUGAGUCUUAUCACAUACUGUAAUGAUAGACAUAGACUGUUUACAUUCCUUUUUUUUUUUUUUUUUUAAUUAUUUAAUGCAAUAAUUUGUGUACAAAUCAUAUUGUAAGUAUGUUUGGGUUUUGAUGCUGUUGGCCAUCGCAUGUUGGCCUUUUGGUCUGUGGCUCUCACUUCUUCUUUUCCUACACAAUUUAUUCUGUACUUUUUUCAUAGACCUUAAGUAUUGCCUUAAUGUAUCACAAGGCAUUGUUUUGUAACUAUUCUAUUGUAAUGCCUGAUAUAUUUGGUGUAUUCUUGAAUCUUUUUUUUUUUUCUUUUCUUUUCUUUUUUUUAUAUAAAUGUACACUACAGCUUGAAACCAAAGCCUUUAUUCAGCUUUCAGUCAUGAGCCUAAUGUAUUCCUCCCAAUUAGAUUUGGCCGUGUGUGUGUGUGUGUGUGUGUGUGUGUGUGUGUGUGUGUGUGUGUGUGUGUGUGUGUGUGUGUGUGUGUGUGUGUGUGUGUGUGUGUGUGUGUGUGUGUGUGUGUGUGUGUGUGUGUGUGUGUGUGUGUGUGUGUGUGUGUGUGUGUGUGUGUGUGUGUGUGUGUGGUUUUUUUUUAAAGUAUGUUGUCAUUUGCUUUAGGGUUUAUUACAAACCAGUAACCAUUAUGAUUGUGCUUGCUGUAAGUCCGCUCUCUUUUUCCUUCUACUACUAAGAUGACGUUUUAUUUGCAGUCCUGCAAUCUGUGUAUCUUCUUCACAUGCUUGUGACAGGAUAUGGGUUUUUUUUUUUUUUUUUUUUUUUUUUUCCCCCCCAUUUCUUUUAAAUAGAUCUUUUUAAUCUUGGCCACGUAUACAGUAGAGGGUUUGUUUGUUUGUAUGAAAAAGGACACUCUGGACUUUCAUAAGCAUAUUAGGUUUUUGUGCAUGGGACCAAUGUCAUUACUUUUAAUCAUUCCACAGGACAGAUUUCCUAAUCUUUACUUUUUUAAGUUUUUAACGUGAAACCUGUGACCGGUUGCCAUGUUUUGGAGGACCAUAUAAUCCAGUCCUUUGAAAAUGGCGGGUCUUAUGCAUCUGCACAGCAUUUGCCUUAUAACGGUUUUUAUGAUGACUUUUUUUUUUUUUUCCCUUAAAGAGGAUAGAUGAGGUGUAAAUACUAUUUUUAUACCACAGUGUUAAAAAGCAAUAGGGUUUUUUUGUUUGUUUGUUUGUUUUGUUUUUUAUAUAUAUAUCUGAAAGCAAAUGUAUAUUUUGACUACAGUAAUGGACCGUGAGCAUGGGGGCGGGGGGGAAGAAAAGAAAUUGGAUUUAUUAAAACAAAACAAAAAAGGUAGGAGUAUACAACCUUUUUCCAAAUCUAAUGUUUCUUUAACAGUCCUUCAGAUGGAGGUUGUACUUUCUAUUUAUCGUCAUUAAACAUUUGUUUACUGGAA